UCUUUUCUAUGUCCCAAGUUGCAAUUCCCAACCAACUCCUGAGCCUGAAAUUGUCAUAGUUGUUCUAUUCCUUUUACCUCUUCUGAAAACAAAUAGUUUUGUUGAAUUUAUAAUUUUGAUUAACAUUAUGGCUGGGUUAGGCAUUGUGGAAACGUCUGCCAUGCGUUUACUAAAACAACCCUUCACACAGCAAAUUAAGCAGAUUCAUAUAUCAAGUGCUUUAGCAGCUAGUGAUGGGGCUGCUGUAGAUAAAACGCCAAGAAUCAAAACUGUCCAAGUAUAUAGAUGGAAUCCGGAAACUCCCGAAGUUAAGCCAAAAAUGCAAGAUUACAAGGUUGAUCUGAGUUCUUGUGGACCUAUGGUUUUGGAUGUAUUGAUUAAAAUCAAGAACUCUGAAGAUUCAACAUUGACAUUUAGACGUUCUUGUCGUGAAGGUAUUUGUGGUUCUUGUGCUAUGAACAUUGGAGGAGUCAAUACAUUAGCCUGUAUUAGCGGUGUCAAUACUGAUUUGUCAAAGCCAUUGAAAAUAUAUCCAUUGCCUCAUAUGUAUGUUGUCAAGGACUUAGUGCCAGACAUGAAAUUGUUUUACAAACAGUACGCUUCUAUUGAACCAUGGUUACAUACUGAUGUAACACCAACCGACAAAAAAGAACAUUUGCAACAUACAUACGAUAGAGAGAAGCUUGAUGGUUUGUAUGAAUGUAUUUUGUGCGCAUGUUGUUCCACAUCAUGCCCUUCAUACUGGUGGAACUCUGAGAAAUAUCUUGGACCGGCAGUUCUUAUGCAGGCAUAUCGUUGGAUUAUUGAUUCGAGAGAUAAAGCUACAGCUGAACGUUUAGAUAAAAUGAGAGAUCCUUUUUCAGUUUUUCGUUGUCACACAAUUAUGAAUUGUACCAAGACAUGCCCUAAGGGUUUGAAUCCUGGUAGAGCUAUAGCACGCAUCAAGAGUCUACUUUCUGGAGUGACCAACAAGGAAGAACCAAAAGCUAUCAAACAAUAAAACACUACUCGAAACUUUGAUAGUAUUAUAAUAAUUUUCAGUAGUAUUUUUCAAGCUUUGAAAAUUAAAUAUAAACCAAAAUUCUGGUAACAAAGUAUUUUAUCUUACUAUUUUGUGGAUUAUAGAUUCAGAAAUUAAUGUCAGCUUAUUUAUUGUUAAAAAUAAAAUACUAUUAUUAUAAC